AGGAAAAAUAAAACUAACGAUAAUUCGUUAUGACGAAAUUAUCGUUAUUUUACAUACAAAAUUCGGGAAUCCUGGAAAAUUUAUCGUUAUAGUGGGGUAUCGUUAUACACUAGGAUCGUUAUGGUACGGUUUCACUGUAGGUACAUUCGGUACUCUGGAAUAGUACCUUGUGCAAUGUAGUCUUGGACGCCACACAAAACUACUGCCACAUCUGCCCCGCCCUUCAUCCCCGCCAUCGUCUAUGGAUGAAAGUCUAACAUAACAAAUCCAUUUACAAUUGUCUGUUAGAAUUCAUCAUUCUAUCCAAAACCAGACUCGUCGACAAUGUCGUCUUCCUCAAAGAUGAACAAAACCACUCAAAUAACGGCAACCUACACUAACUCUAAUUCCACCAGCGACCCUUCCUCAUCCUCUCCAAGUUCAACUACCCCCUUCACACUCUCAACCCCGCUGACUCUGCCGGACUCCGACUCUUCAACGCAUAAGACAUCGUACCUGAACACGCUGCGCGAAGCCGUAUCGACGCUACAAGAGCGCAUAAACAGCGAACUCACGACGCGCAUGGAGGAAGAAGCGCGCGAGGUAGCAGCCGCCUCCGCUGCUGUUAAGGGAGCUAGUGUCAGCGCCGUCGACGAAGUUGCUGAAGAAGAGAACUAUGGCGAGGAGGUGGUGGAAGACGAAGAGUAGUGGAUAUUAGACGGAUCGAUCGAUCGCUUUCGCGAUUCCAUUAAUGCCUAUAAGCCAGGUGAAGAAUAAGUCAAGGUUAGACGAGUAGACAUUGGGACUAGAGAAUUCUCACCUGGACGUAUGGGAGUGCUAUUCUCGACCAGGUCCUCCCUGGAUGAGCAUUUCGAAGUCGAAGACGAAGACGAGCGA